AUGAAAAAGGAGUCAACGUAUAUGUAUGCAAAAAAAUUUUGUGGGUAUUGGAGGGUAGGAGUGCUUUUGUAAUUUGUUGAGCUGAAAUUAGAAUGCCCUUCAAAUUGUGUGAAUUGCGAUCUUCAUGAUCCAUCUAAGUGCAAAAGUUGUGGGAACGAGGAUCUUACUCAUAGAGUUCUAGACAUUAACUAAGCUUGCAUAUGUUAAUCAGGGUAUACAGAAGUUUAGUACACAUAUAAUUGUUAAGACAUGCAAUUUAAUGAAUAAAUUCUCUAAUUUCAAUAUAUUUUAUCAUUAGAAGAAUAUGUAAAUAGAUUAUCAAAUCGAUGUUGCAAAUAAUAAGUAUUAUCAUAUUGUUAUAAUUAUAAUGUCAAUUAAAUAUUGAUUUCAAUAAAAAAUACAUCGAUAAAUAUGCAAAAUAAGAUAUCAUGUCUGUAAGAAGAAUUCAAUUUAGGUUUACAAUAGAAAUAAUAGUUUACUUAUGACGUUUUAGAAUAUGCACAAUUAAUUUAGAGCUAAUAAUGUAAUUUCUUAGCAUUUGAUAAUACUUCAACUAAGAUUCUGGCUAGUUUUGGAUUAAUUCUCAAGGCUUACUUGUUUAUUAAAGAAGAAUUAAUAUUUAUCUCUCUAUUUUAAAUUACUAAAUCCAGAGUCACUUUCAUAGAAUCUUUGAAGUAAUGUAAUUUAUUUUUAUUUGCAAUGUUUAAUGGAUAAAUAUAAGUAUCAAGCAGUGUUGGUAUGAAUAAUGGAAAAUACAUUUAAAAAUUAAGAGAUCACAGAUCACCAAUUUAUAACUUACAAUCAAACAAAAAUUCAGAUUCUAUAAUUUCAUGUGAUGAUUGGAAAGUAUCGUUUUUCAUAAAAUAAAGCUAAUUGUAAUCUGUAUUCUCUUAUACCAAUAACAUCAGGAUAUGUGCUGUAAGUCUCAAUGAAAUAGGGGAUAAAUUAAUAAUCUCAGAUUACAAUAAAUGUAUAGUUGCAUUGGUCAAGAGAGAAACUGAUUGGAUUAAACUUUACAAUUUCCAUUUAGGUAAAUUAGGACCUGGAAUAAGCUUUAUUGGAAUUGAUUCAUUUAUAAUUUAAGAAGCAUUCAAAACCUUAGGGGCCAAGAGUUUAUUAGAUAAAGAGAACUCAAAAUUUAAAGUUAUGGGAACUGGGGUUCAAGGAAAUUCAAUCAAAGGUAUAUUAAAGAUAAAUAAAUACUCAUAAAUAAAGAUGGAAUAUCAAUAAAUUUUAUGA